AUGAUUCAUGAGGAAAUAUCAGCUUCAAAUUGGUGCAAAGAACUGGAAGAUAUUUUCAAAGGUUCAGUCUUUGGGCAAUUUAUUGCAUCUUGCGUGAUAUCGUGCAUGACUUUGCUUCUGAUUGCCAGCAGCACAAGCAGUCCACUUAAAGUUAUAAAUCAAUCAACGUAUCUUGUCACAAUGAUGACACAACUUUCAUUAUUCUGUUGGAGUGGAAAUGAAUUAACUCACAGUUCUCAUCAAUUAACACAAAAAGCUUUCUGUUCAAACUUCAUACACUUCGAUAAGAAAACGUCUCAAAUACUAUUGAUUUUCAUGCAGAGAACAAUCAGAGAUGUUGCUAUUAAAGCUGGAGGCUUGUUUGCAGUUCAAUUGAGCUUGCCAACAUUUGUUGCUAUAAUGAGAUCUUCAUAUUCCUAUUUUGCUGUUUUGAAUAGCGUUCAAAACAAAGAAAACUAAAUUGUAAAAGCACCCAAGACAAAUCACUUUAUUUGAUAGUAUUUACCAUAAAUUAAGCUGAUAUCUGAAAAGUGAAAAUUGAAUAAAAAAAUUUGUCUCAAAACAUUCCCAAAUCUCGUCAUAG